AUGGCAGCGGCGACCGACGCUACUGCCGCCGCUCAGGCAGACUUGGCUCGACGCAAACCACCUCGUGUCUCGGACCUGCCUCUGUCUUCGUCCAAGCGUGCUUCAAUAGACAGUCUACUGCAUACCUUCAAGAAGAAAGGCCAGUUUGACGAGCUGCGCAAGAACACUUUUGCUCAAUUCGAUCAUGGUCCAAAGAAAGACACCCUGGUCGACUCCAUCCGCUCCUUUGUAGACGCCGAAAUCGAUCGCGACCCUGUCAAAUAUCUGACCAAGAAUCCUCGCCUCGCCGCUCCUCUCCUCGAAGGUGCUGCUGCUCGUGCAGACAUCUACCCAAACACCGAAGCCGACAUCGACCAUUUUAUCCAAGACCAUCUCCAAACUGCAGAACAAGCACUACGAGACAUUCGCAAGUCCGAAAUUGGCGAGGAAGCUGCAAACAAGGAGAAGGAAGCUGGCACUAAAUCCGACCAAGUCUAUGCUGAAGCAUCAAAACGCCGCCACAAGGAACGCCUCGAGCGUCAUGCCGAAGAAAUGAAAGAACAAGCAAAGAAAGAGCGUGCUCAACGUAACAAGGCCGAGAUGGAAGCUCUCAUGCAGCGCCAACUGGAACUGGCCAAGGAGACGGAGCGUUUGGCCAUCAGUCAGAAAAGAUCAGCCGAAAGGGCAGAGGCUCGCAAGAGAGAGGAAGAAAAGAAAAAGGCUCGUCUCAAGGCUCUUGCCGAAGAGCGCGAGAAAAAGGAGAAGCUGCUUGAGGAGGAACGCAAGAAAGAAGAGGAAGAGAGAGCCAAACGCAAAAAGAUUCAAGAGGAGGAAGAGGCCAAACGUCUCGAGCAGGAGGCUAUGCGCAUGCUGCUCGAAGAAGGUCAGGCUAUGGCUUCCAAAUCUGGUGCUAAGAAGCUGGACCGUGAACGCGAACGCAGCGAGAGCUUGGAGAGAAGAUAUGCCCGCCGAGACAGAGACCGCGACCGCGACCGCGACCGCGAACGUCGUUCGCCAUCAGCAGAUCGCCACUACCGACCCGCCGACCGAGACAGAAGAGAACGAGGAUAUGACCGCUACGAAGGCCGCCGCGAAUCUACCUUGCGCGAAAUUAGUGCCGAGCGCGAGGCAUGGAAAGCAAAGCAACUCCGCGACAAGGACCGUCGCAGCAGAUCUCCCUCUCGCGACCGCCGUCCUGCACGUCACGAGCGUUCUCGCAGUCCUUUAGGCAGAGGUGAUCGUUAUGUACCUUCAGAUCGCCAGGACCGCGACACCCGCAGAAGGCGUUCGCGUACUCGCUCUCCUAGGGGCCAGGGCGAUCGCUACGUUCCUGCCGAUCGUCUUGCACAACCCGACCGUCGCACUCGCGACCGCUCGAGAGAUCGAUCAAGAGACAGAGAGCGUGAUCGCGACGUGUGUGACAGAGACAAAGAAAGAGAUCGCGACCGCGAACGCGAGCGUGGAAGAGAGAAAGACCGCGACAAGGAUCGUGACAGAGACCGCGAAAAGGACCGCGAUCGAGACCGAGACAGAGAGCGUGAACGUGAACGAGAGAGGGAACGCGAUCGCGACAGAGACCGCGACCGCCGCCGCAGGGAAGACGACAGACCAAGGGGCGAUCGUUAUGUCCCCUCCGCCAGCGCUGGUGCCUCUCGCCGCGACAGCGAGAAAGCCGUCAGCAAGCGCGAUCGCUCUCGCUCGAGAAGCCGCGAUGCCAGGUAG